AUGAAAUUGGUAACACAUGACGAAAGAUUUCACUACGAUGAAGUCCUUGCAUCCUGUGUACUUCUCCGAAUAUAUCCUGAUGCUGAGAUAAUGAGAACAAGAGACAAUGCGAUCAUUGAGCAGGGAGACAUAGUUUAUGAUGUUGGUGGGGUGUUUAAUCCUGCAACGAGGAGAUUUGACCACCACCAAAGAACAUUUUCGGAGACAUUUUCAUCUAAGUAUAACGUUAAGCUUAGCAGUAGUGGGUUGAUCUUCAAAUACUUUCAUAAGCAACUCCUAUCUUUGUAUGGAAUAGAGGAUACUUGCGGAAUAUACAAUAUGGUGGUAGACAAGAUAUACUCAGAGUUUUUUCUAUAUGCAGAUGCCAUAGACAAUGGACAAGACAUAUAUGGAGAGAUAAGGCCUCGGACCAUGGCAGACCUAGUCGGGCUGUUCAAUACAGAUACUCCCGAUGAAGGCUUAGAAAACAGAGGGUUCUACAAAGUACUAGAGAUUGUAAGCACAGAUCUGGAUAACUAUAUGAAGAGAAUCAAAAUAUGGGUUAAUAAUUAUGAGCAUGUAGAAAAAAAAGCAAGGGAGACAAAUGGUCCGAUUCUUGUACUUGAUAAGCACUAUACCACUGACUUAAUACUAGAAAUCGAGAGUCAAAAUGGCAAGGAUUUCAAGUUUAUGGUGUUCCCUCAUAGAAAUGCCUACAGAGUAAUCGCCAUUCCAAAACGUAGAGGAUCAUUUGAAACAAAAAACCCUCUCAAGAAGGAGUGGAGAGGACUUGUGAAUGAAGAGCUAGUGAGGGCAUCUGGGAUUGAAGGAUGUAUCUUUGUCCAUUCUUCAGGAUUUAUGGGAAUCAAUAGUACAUUUGAAAAUGCCUUAAAGAUGUGUGAAGAGUCGCUUUCCGAUGGGAGAAGCUCGUUCCAAUAA